UGGUGAAGUGUCAAGAGAGUUCCUUCCAGAGCUUUCAGCUGUACAAGUCCUGAACAAGGAAUCCCAUCUUGAUAUUUGUGGUACAGUACAUUCAGACUUUGUAUGCUUAGCACAAUUCAGUCAAUAUUCAAUUGAUCAAAGGUAGCAACAAGUACACCAUUUACACUACUAGUCGACAUUAGAAUCAAGAUGUCUGUAUCCAAAGCAUUGCAGUUUAUGGAUAAAAAAGAUCUUGAGUGUGCCAUCUGCCUCAACAGGUUUCACCAACCAAAGACACUGAAAUGCAUGCACACCUAUUGUCUACAGUGUAUCCAAAAAUGGGUGGAAACUCAUGGAAAGAUGAAAUGCCCAACAUGUGGACAAGAACAUGAUCUAACAAAAGAAGACCUAAAAAAGCUAGCUUCCAAUACAAUGAUAAGUCAACUACUAGAGUAUGUCAUGAAAAUUGAGGACCAGAAACCGACUAAAUGCUCUUUCUGUGACAAUCAACCAUCAUACCACUGCUCAACAUGUCAGCUGUAUUUAUGUGGAGGCAACUGUAUCAAACAACACAAGGCCGUACCUUCCACUAAGGAUCAUCCACUUUACACAUUAGACAUAAAGGAACAGGAGGGCAAUCAAUGUCCAGCUCACUGCAACAACACACUAGAAUUUUACUGCACUACUUGUAACAAAUCUGCAUGUAAGCAAUGUGAACACAUUUUUCACUGUUGUCAAAAACAACAUGAAGUGAUUCCAAUGUCAACUGCUGUAGAUGAGUUUAACAAAGAUGCCAAUGAAAUUGUUGAGUUAGCUCAUGAAAUUAAAAAUAAAUUAACAGAAAAACUACAAAUUUUAACUAAAGACAGAUUACAAUUUGAUUCCCAAGUAAAGUUAUGCAGAACAGCCAUAGAAAUUCAUGAAAAGAAACUUAUCAAGAAAGUUCAAGAGAAAAGCAAAGAAUUAAUAUCAGACCUUGACAAUAUAUACAAAACAAAUAAAGGAAAUUUCGAUAGUGAAAUUAAUGAUAUUGAUUCAAAGAUGACUCAAUUAAAGAAUCUAAUAGUUUCAAUCAAUUCAAUAAUGAACAAACCAGAAAAAACAAAAACUCUUUCAUCCAAAAUGAAAACUAUAAAAGCUGUUAAAGACAAUGUCCUAGAAACUGAUUUUGAACAAUCAUUUCAACAGAGAAAUAUCAAACCAAAUUGUAUUCCAUCCAUGCAACUGGAUGAGUUGAUGAAUACUGAGGGCAUUGGUAAAAUCACAACUGCUGAUAGCAUGACAUACAAUGUUGCUGAAGAUGAUGAACAAAUUACUGUGACAAAAGGUCAACCAUUUGUAGUGAAAGUAUCAAGUCCAACAGAAACUAAUCAAUUAGUUGCAACACUACUGAACUCAUCAGGUGAAGAAUCAGCAACUCAGAUAGAAUAUCAGGAAGGUAAAGAGUACAAAAUAACAGGUAGAUGCAAUGUGGAAGGUAAUUGGAAAAUGAAGAUCACUGUUGGCGCUGCAUACAUCAAAGGAUCUCCAGUGAAUAUCAAGGUAGAAACACUGGGACUUGUUCAUACCAUUGAUAACAUAUCAGAUUAUAAAGAACAUAAUAAAACAGAGACUGUGACAGAUGUAACGUUAGAUAGAGAUGGAUGCAUAUUAGUAUCAAGCUGUAGUAAAGAUAUAUUGAAAUUCAACCAAUCCGGUUCAUUUGUUGCUAGGAUACAGGUACCACAAGAUUUAAAGAUAACUUUCAUGCAUCCAACAGGUGAUGGUCACAUAUUGUUUAGUGAUGUCUUAGAAAAUCGUGUUGUAAUGUGUGAUUAUAAAUUUCAAGAAGUCCGCUCAAUUGGUAAAGGGAUGUUGGAAGGUUCAGGUGGAUUGACAUUCAACAAGGAAACUAGAGCCUUGUAUGUUGUAGAUUUUUGUGCUCACUGCAUUUAUAAAUUCAAUGUUGAUGAUAGUAGACAUCUUGGUACAUUAGGUUCAAAAGGUAAUGGAGUGGGUCAAAUGCUGAACCCAACAGAUGUUGCUUUGACCAAGGAAGGUCAUCUGAUUGUUGCUGACAAUGGGAAUCAAAGAAUACAGAUGUUUGAUGCAAAUGAUAGGUUUAUGACAACUUUGAUACACAGUGGUGAGCUUGAUCACAAUGAUGAAGAUGGCGAUGAAAAUGGCGAUGGAGAUGAUGAUAGUAGUAGUUUUACAUUCAAUUGUUCAGGUCCUUGUGGUUUAACUAUUGAUUUUGAAGAAAAUAUUUUAGUAUCCUCAAUUAGAAAUGGAUUAAAAUUAUUUGAUAAAAACGGUGUCUUCAUAAAACGAAUUGAUCAUGCAGAUGAUGGAUUAAAAAUUCCAUGUGGAAUCCAUGCAAUCUCCGUUAGACCAAGAAGAGUAGCAGUAGCAGACCACAUUGCCAACAACAUUAAAAUAUUCAAUUAUUAAAAUGACAUUGAAUUGCAUGAAUUAUAGCAUCAUAAAAAUGAUCUAUUUUAAUACGUUUACAUUAAUAUGAUUGGUUUUAUCAUGGAGGUUAUACAUACAGUAUAUAUAUAUACCAUGGGGAAUCCAUGCAACCUCCAAGACACUAAGAGCAGCAGUAGCUGACUAUAAGUGCAAACAAUGUUAAAACUUUCAAUAAUUAAAAUGACAUUUAAAUGCAUGAACCAUAGUAGGGAGUUUCGAUGGACGACUUUAACCUUAACUUGAAUGGAUGACAUCAUAAUUUAUUCAUCUUACGUUGCUGAGUAUGUUAAUUUCAGAAUUUUUACUUGGUCUAUGUACGUUAGUUACAGGUUUGCGCAUGCAUAUUUUGAUUUGUUUACAAAAAGGGGCGGAGCAAUCACACUGCAUGAUGGGUACUAACGUUAAAGUUAAGGUUAAUGUCGUGCAUCAAAAACUCCCUAUUAUCAUAACAAUGUAAUAUAAAUUUCAUAUCUAAUAUGGUACAUUUCGAUAUGAUUAUUUUUAUCACGUAGUUUAUAUGAGGCUUGUCAUCCCAACUGUGACUAAUUGUUAAACUGAGCAACCAGCAUCAAGAAAAGUCUCUUUAGCAAAGAGAAUCCGUAUCUAUUCUUAACUUUAGCAAU